AUGGCUUAUGAAUCUGAUGAUGAUGAACCUGUGCGAUUGACAAUUUCUGAUUCUGAAGGAGACUCUGAAUUUGAAGUCGAGUAUGAUUCUGAAUAUGAGUCAGAAUCAGAAGAUACGUCAGAGUAUGAAGGUUCUGAAGAUGAGUUAGAAUCUGAAGAGUCAGGAGAUGACUCUGAAUCUGAAGUUGAGUCAGAAGAUGACUCUGAAGCUGAAGGAGAAGUUACCUAUGAAGAGGAUUUUGCCUCUGAAGGCGAGUCAAAAUUAGAAAAUAAUUUUGAAGGUGAGUCUAAAGAUGAAGAAGACCCUAAAGGCGAGUCUGACUCUGAAGGUGAAUCUGAUUCUGAUCCAGAUUUUGAUAAUGAUCCAGAAUCUGGAGGUAAUCUAAUCUCUGGAAAUGAAGCUUCUGGAGGUAGAGCUUCUAAAGGAAGAACUUUUGAAGAUAUUGAUUCUGAUUUUGAAGAUGAGUCAGAGCAUGAAAAUGAUUCUGAAAGUGAGUCAGAAUUAGAAGGUGAGAUUGAUUAUGAGGGAGAAUCUGAUUCUAAUCCAGAUUCUGAUGGUGAUUCAGGUUCUGGUGAUCUAGAUUCACAUUCUGGUGGUAGUGCAGAUUCUUGGAAUAUUCCAGAUUCUAAAGGUGGUCAUGCUUCUGAAGUCGGCACUUGA